ACGACACUCCUUGAUUCAUUGUAUUUUAAAUAUGUAACAAGUCGGUGUAUCUCAUUCUUGCAUAUACGACACAUCUUCAUAUUUUAUAUUUUUAGGAAAAUGAAAACUUAAGUUUGCGACGAAUAUAAAAAGAUUACGAUCGAUUCUAAAAAUCUUAAUUACUUUAUUUCGUAUUCACAUCUGCCUUAUUUAUAGAGGUUAUGUUCCAACGUUAUCGCUAUUCAAGAAAUUGAUAUAUUCUAAUAAAUAUAUUUUACGGUUCAAUAACAACACGAAGAUUUAUUUUCAUUAUUUCUUACAGGAAGUAAAUUCAUUUCUUUUUCCAUUAGUAUAUUCUGUCUUUCUUUCUUUAGUUCUUUGAAUAGUGUUGUUACGAGGGAUUGAUAUGGGUAGUGUUGAUAUGAAAAAACAGAAACACAGGAAACGAUAAGAAUUACUAGCUUUGUUGUUUUCGUGGAAAGAGUUUCCAAAUCUUCGGAAGAUAUUCUUUUCUUGUAUAUGUACAGAGACGUCGUGUGAAAAGCUAGAGGGCACUUCUCUGGAAAGGAACGCGAAGAGGAGUUAAGGAAAGUUUAGUUUUCGCUGUGAAGCGAUAUAGUGCGUUUCGUGAUGUACUAUUACGUUUCAACUUGAAUCACGUGAUUGUUUUUAGCGUAAUUAAAAACAAAGAUUGUGUAUAUCAAUACAAUGUAUCUCAAACAAUACAUUUUUUGAGGUUCUUUUGGAAAACGAUGAACGUCUUACGUUUUACUGUCUUUUUAUAUUCAGAAAAUGGGUCAUCCUAUGAUUAAGGUGUUACGUCUUGACUGUGUUUAAGUAUGAAUAUAACACGACUCGCGCGCGCGAACAAAGUUUACAAUUUGAAUAUUUACUUAAACGAUUUCUUUAACAUUGACGUUACUUUCCAUUUUUGAGUAACCGGCAUGAAGCAUGCAGGCUCCUCUAUCAAGAAGAACGAUAGGCUGCAUUGGAAAAUGUACUUCUGGUCUGAAACGCGAGGAGUUGGAUCAGAUAACAGAUAAUAUUACGAAAACUUUAACGCAUCCGCGUGGUAGACAAAUUUUUCGGAGAUAUUUGGAACAACGAAAUCUCAGAGAUAAUCUCGAAUGUUUAGAUUUAUACGAAACUUGUUCUGAAUUUAUCGCGAAAGAGCAAAAUACGUCAUCGAAAGAUUUUAAUUUAGAAAGUUUAACCAACGACGUUACGAGGAUGAAAGAACUCCUUGAAGAUUUGGACGGUGUUCCACAGAUAGAUUUGGCUCUCUUGGAACGCUUCAAUGACGCUCUAAACAGUGAGUCCAGAAUAACGAUGCUCGCUGUAUUGGAAAAUACGAGGGAACGUUUAAAAGAUCAUUUGAGGCGUGUACACGGAAGUUUUAAACGAUAUGCUUCAGAACCGUGUCCUAUAAGUAAAUAAAAAGUGUUACCACUUCGAUAUAGGAUCGAUGACUUAAUGCAUUUUAAUAUGACGCGUUAUUAUAUCGUAUUUAUAUGUUCGCAAGCGAUAUUUUAAAAUUUAUUACCGUACGAUUAAACUUAUAAUAAUAGAUUUAUUGUACAGCACAAGAAAAAAAUUUUCUACGAUGAAACGAAAUGUAAA